AUGUACAAGGUGGUUGUCCUCUUGGCAAUGAUCUUGGGAACCCACACUCGCAGUUUGCGGCUCCAGAAGGAUUGCAGCCACUGGCACAGCUGCUGCCCCAGCAAAGUACAGGACUCCCCUGAGGAGUGGCUGAAGUGGAACACCCCGCCUAUGUCUUCCCCGGAGCCUGCUAGCCUUGCCCACCACCCAGAAUCCUGCAGGGCCAGUGAAGACGGGCCCCUCAAUAGCAGGGCCGUCUCCCCCUGGAGAUAUGAGUUGGACAGGGACCUGAAUCGGGUGCCCCAGGACCUGUACCAUGCACGCUGCCUGUGUCCACACUGCGUCAGCCUACAGACAGGCUCCCACAUGGACCCCCUGGGCAACUCAGAGCUACUCUACCACAACCAGACGGUCUACUACCGGAGGCCAUGCCAUGGCGAGAAGGGUUCCUACCAAGGCUAUUGCUUGGAGCGCAGGCUCUACCGGGUCUCCUUGGCCUGUGUGUGUGUGCGGCCCCGUGUGAUGGCUUAG